AGGGUUAACCAGCAGCGAAGCCCCGUCCGUCCGUGGAAGGGAAGGAGGUUCCUGAAGCGCAGAAAUGGCGAACGUGGUGCUGGAGUUCAAGGUUUCUGCCGGGGACUCUGAGCCUCAGAGUCGGCCUGUGUUGAUUCUGGGUCAGCAGAACCACCUGCAGGACGUCUGCUGGAGCCAAAUCAAAGGAAAACUGCAGCCGGCUGUUAGCAAAGAGACCUGGAAGGCAGCUCUCGGUGCUCUGAACCCGAACCCCACGGACAGCUGCCCGCUCUACCUGAACCAAGCCGUGGUGGCUGCUCUUCCGUCACGCGUCAGCAGACAUAACAGCCCGGCCUCCGCCCACUUUUUGUUCCGUCUGAUCCGCUCCUGCCUUCCUGGAGGGAACAACCGCUGCAUUGUGGUGGUGUGUGAGCGCUCUGAUGUGUUCGCCUCGGCUUGCGCCAUCGCCAGGGCCUUCCCCCUCUUCACCCGUCGCUCUGCAGCCUCUCGCAGGACGGAGAAGAAGCAUGUGACGGUGGAGUUUGUGGUCGUUGAUGGCAGUCCUCUGGAGGACGCUGAAAUGGGGUGUCUUUCCAAUGCUGCUGAUGGGGUACGGUUGGCGGCUCGCAUUGUUGACACUCCGUGCAACGAGAUGAACACAGACCACUUCCUGGAUGAAAUAAAGGCUGUGGGAAGUGACCUAGGAAUUACUCCAGUUAUCAUUCGAGGAGAGGAACUGAAGCAAAGAGGAUUUGGAGGUAUCUACGGUGUCGGAAAGGCAGCAGAACAUCCUCCUGCAUUAGCAGUGUUGAGCCACACUCCUGACGGGGCGACGCAGAACAUCGCCUGGGUGGGAAAAGGCAUUGUGUACGACACCGGCGGACUCAGCAUCAAGGGGAAGACUACGAUGCCUGGGAUGAAGAGAGACUGUGGUGGAGCCGCCGCCAUUUUAGGAGCUUUUAAGGCCACCAUCAAACAGGUGAGGCAGCAGCCGGGGGGAAAAAGUGAAUUUGGUGGUUGUUUUUUCCAGGAUCGGGAGAACGCCCAGAGUUCCUGCGCCGGCCUCUUCAUCGGUUCCCACCUGGGCUUCGAUUGGCCCGGUGUCUGGGUCCAUGUUGACAUAGCCUCUCCAGUUCAUGCGGGGGAGCGUGCCACUGGGUUCGGCGUCGCUUUGCUCAUGGCCCUGUUUGGCCAGGCCUCUGAUGACUCCAUGUUGAACCAGGUGUCUCCUCUGGGGGCUCCGUCCAACAAGUCAGAGGGCCAGAUGGAGCGGGACUGCAAGAGGCGUAGACUGGUUUAGAGGCGACGCUUCACUCCUCCAACCUCUGCAUGGCUGCCGCCCGGCCGUCGAAGCCCGUCCAGUUAGUGGAAACAUUUUAAAGAGUUUGAUGGAACCUGAUGAGUGAAUAACAGGAUAAUAAGAUGUAGUGUAAAUGAUCAACACUGCCCUCCACUUGUCAUUGUUACUCAUCGGCUCCAUAACUCAUUUCCUUUUUUUUUUCAGUUUACUAUGACAAAGAUUAAAUAUUAGAAAUAAAAUAAAGUUGAUUUAAUUGUUUUCGUAUCAGUCUAUCAAAGAUAAUUGUGUUGAUUUUUUUCUAAAGACUAAGAUUUUAACACCUCGCAGAUUCUUCUUAAACAUCAGCAGGAAGUGUAUUCUUUUAUGUAAAUCAAGGAGUACGCCAUCAUGUCUUACACGUUGUGUUUUUUUUAUUGGAUCAUUAAACUUGUCAGGAACCACCGCACUUUGUAUUAAUGCUAGAUGACAAUGUGAUCCUUGAACUAAGAAGCAUUAAGCACCACCGCAGGUUUUAUCGGUUGGUUUUUGGGAGAAAACAUGUUUUGUAAAUUUCAAAUAUUAUGUCAGUAGCAGUGUUUGUCAGGGUCCUGCACAAUGACGUCUAUCCACAUGUCUGACAAUCAUGUCCUUGUUUCAAAGCAGUGCCAUCAGAGAAAAUUAAUAAAAGAUCUAGUCU